AUGCCGAUUCUAUAUCGAACAUCAAGUAGCCUUAUGUUUUCGUUACAAGUUGUUUUAGUAUCCGCAAGUCUUUUAUCCGCGGCACUCAUGUUAAAAAUUUCCGUUCCGGCAAUUACAGAAUUCCUUGUUUAUGAGGUACCUUCGAUUAUAAACGGUAUCGCUUCGUGGUUCAAGCCUCCAUAUUUGUUUCUUGUUAUCAACUGCAUCAUCAUCACCAUUGUAGCUUCCUCAAUAUCCCAGUCGAAAAAAGACGACGUAUCACCACCACUACCGUCAGAGGCGGCGCCUUACCUAGAAACUGCUGCUCAUAUUCAACCUCAGCUGCGGGUGAUGCCUGUUGCUGAAAAUCCCCAAAUAGUUCACUCGGCAAACGAGUAUAAACAUGACGGCGUCGUUUUGAUCAAUGAAGCGGUGCCGGAGGGCUAUGCUAACGUUGUUAUUGACAACAAUAUCGGUUUUGCACGCAUGGAAGGAAAUGUUUUGGGAAAUGAGACGGCAUCGUUUAACGUGAAUGCCGAUAGUUUCAAUGACAAAGAGGAUGUUACCAGUAAUAAGGAGAAUGAAUAUGUCAAUUCAAAGUUAAAAGAUGCGCCAGAAUAUUCAUCUUCCAAUGAGAAGCCAUGGCCACCGCCGGUUUCUGCGAGGUUCGGUAGCCGGAGAAAUAGCAAAGCCAGUCCAGAAGGUGGUAAAACGGCGUUGGGAGUGUUGAAGCCAACCAAGCAAGACACGCUGGAAAGUACGUGGAAGACAAUAACCGAGGGACGUGCAACGCGACUGAAGAGGCACUUGAGAAAAUCAGACACGUGGGAGAGGGACAACCAUGUUCAUGAUCGUCAUAGUCAUAGUCACCGCCACCUUCCACCACAACAACAGGAGAAGAGUCCAAAAAAGAUGGACAAAUCCGAUACAUUUAGUGACCGUACCAAUACUUCUAGCCCCCAACUAAGUCCGUCAUCUAGUGGCAUCAAUAAACUUAAGAAAGAAGCAUCGCCAAGUCAAGAUGAGUUAAACAAGCGGGUGGAGGCAUUUAUUAAGAAGUUUAACGAGGAGAUGAGAUUACAAAGACAAGAGUCUUUGAAUCAAUACAUGGAAAUGAUCAACCGUGCAUCACACUAG